UAUGGAUUAGAGAAAGUAAACUGAAAAGAGAAAAUUGCAGUGUAAGCAUGAAUAAAUUUUCAUUCAAGUACAGGAACGUGAUUUUGGGUAUGACUGCGACUGCAUUUGGAUAUUAUGCAGUCCUUAUGCCACACACUGUCUUCCUGAAAAAGUACAGAUACAUGGUGGCCACAUACCAAAUGGGAAAAGAGGUGCCGUUAGGCUCUAAAGUCCAGCAGAUAAUUCAGAAGGUAAUGAGUGACUUGAAACUGUCCGACAACGUUAAGGAUGCUAUAAAGCCUGUCAGCGUACUUGGUUUCGAUUUGCUUCACGCUGGUACUUUCAAUGCCAAAUACGGUGCGAUACUGGGAAUUCCCAUUAAUUUCACCAGUACUGUAAACCAGCUUCACCAGGGCCUGCAGAUCAAGGAGGAGCUAGUAGACUGGACACGGCAAGACGCAAAGGCUUUUCUGGAAGCAGUAACGUUCUCCGAGGAUGCACAAAAAUUUGCGAUAGCGCGCGAAAUCCUGCAAAUUCAGGCAGAGGAGCCGUAUUUUAAUUCACUCUUGCUGGCUUUAACUAUAGGGACCCUGUGGACACUUUACAACGUUAUAUCGUACAGAUAUAAACUACGCGAAGGCAAUGCGAUAGCACGACGUAUGCUUUGCGGGACUUUCACUUUAUUUGGUGCAAUAUUUUGGUUCGGUGUAAAGGACUAUCGAAGUUAUCAGCUCGACAGAAAGAACGAUGAAGCUUUGUGCCGUUUAGGAACCGAAUAUAUCAAGGGAGGACAGGAAUUUUAUGAAAAAACGUUAAAUAGAAACAGAGCUUUGAGGACUCUUCUAGGCACAGACGGGAAAAGUAGAUAUACUAUUCACGGAAAUGAAGAGAAUUUUUUGAGACUGAAGCAUAUGCCAAUCUCCCACAGGAAGGAUUUUUUCGAUUCGCAUCUACGAAACUUGAAAGGUAUGAAAUAAAUUGAUUUCUUUAUAUCUACCUAAAAUUUUUAGCAUCUUUUUUUACA